AAGCGUCUCGCUGCACCGCUCUGCUUCUCUCAAAGUCACACAACCUUCUCUCCGCUUUCUCACAUACCCACCAGUUCACCUUUUGCCUCUACCCUUCUCUCCUUCUCUCUCUCUCUUUCUCUCUCACACCCUCUACCUCUGCAACGGGCUCGGCUUUUCCUUUUAAAAAAGAUCUUUUUCACAGCAGGUUGUUGUCCGAGCUCCGAAAGGUAAAGGGUAACGGACGACUUUGCAGCCUGUUGGCGUUUCUGCGAUCGCCAGGUGAGAGGCAUGUGUUCGGCGUCUUCCUUACUGCUGCUGGGGAGCUGUCUCCUGGUGCUGGCACCCACGGCCCAGGCAGCCCCGGCGACAUGCCCCAGCCAGUGCCACUGCCACGGGGACCUCCAGCACGUCAUCUGCGACAACGUGGGCCUGAAGAAGAUCCCCCGGGUGUCGGAGGCCACCAAGCUGCUCAACAUGCAGAGAAACCCCCUGGGCAGCCUGCCCUCGGGCUCCUUCAGCGAGAGCACGGGCCUGGUGUCGCUGCACCUGCAGCACUGUCAGAUCCGCGAGGUGGCCGGCCAGGCCUUCAAGGGGCUCAAGAAGCUCGUCUACCUCUACCUGUCCAACAACGACAUCGCCAGCAUCAAGCCCGGCGCCUUCGAAGACCUGGCGGAGCUCACCUACCUCUACCUGGACGGCAACCGCAUCGCCGACCUGCCCAAGGGCGUGUUCGCGCCCAUGGUCAACCUGUUCAUCCUGCAGCUCAACGACAACCGGCUCCAGGAGAUCCGGCCGGGGACCUUCACGGGGGCCAAGGACCUGCGGUGGCUGCACAUGAGCGGCAACCAGCUGAGCGCCCUACAGCCGGGCUCUCUGGACGACGUGGAGAACCUGGCCAUCCUGCACCUGGACCGGAACAGGCUGACCUCCUACCCCCUCGCCGCCAUGAGCAAGCUGAGGGUGGUGGAGGAGCUCACGCUGGGCAGGAACCCCAUGAGGAACAUCCCGGACCUGGCCUUCCAGAGCUUCGGACGCUACAUGGAGAGGCUGCACCUGGAUAACAUGGGUCUGAUGAAGUUCUCAGACGGUGCGUUCACCGGCGUGACGGCGGUCAAGUCCCUGCACCUGGAGGGCAACAAGCUGAGGUCCCUGCCAAGGAGCCUGGAGUUCAGCACCCUCACCAACCUCACCCUGGCCCAGAACCCCUGGACCUGCUCCUGCACCCUGGCCCCGCUCCGACGGUGGAUGGAUUCCAGUCGCAUCCGCCCAGACGCCCUGUGUGCCUCACCAGUGCUGCAGAAAGGCAAGCAGGUCAAAGACAGCAGCGCCUUCAGCGGCUGCAAAGUCAAGACCAAGAAGGCCAAGAAGGACACAGAGCCCCAAUUGAACAGGCUACGCUGAGGGGCGGUCAGGUGACCCGCCACGCUCGAAAGAACGCUACGCUACAUGUGCUGCAAGACCAACACACACUCACACACACAAACACACUCACUCACACGCACACACACGCACACACACACACACACACUCAAAUGCGGCAACGCGUGUUAAUGUUCGCACACUCAUGAACUUACAGAAACAGAAACACCCAAACAAACUAAAAAUACUUAAUGCUUUAAUAUACAAACUAUAAAAACAUGUUUUAUAUAGAAGCGGCGAUCAGUCAAAGAGUUUCUUCAGUUGCGAGUUGUUUGAAACAACGUCAUUCCUAUGAGAGCAAGGUUAAUGCAAAAGUAUGUGAUACAUGCGUGCACCGAAUUCUUACGAGUUUCAAUAAAAAUAAAAGUUGAAAUAUCAAAAAAAAA